CUCGCCUCGCCUGAGAGUCUGUCACCACGUUGGCCGAUGUCUGUGAUCGAACCUGGAGUCCUGGCCCACGCCGGCUUCCGUGCCCGGAGCGCCGGCCCGGUGCAGACCUGGGGACUUGUGACAUUGGGGUGUGCUGUGGGUAGAAGGCAGCGUCAGACGGCUGCUCGAGUGGCCCCACCGCAGCAAGCGCGCAGUGUCCUCACGGAUCAACACUGUUCCUUGGGUGAAGGCCAGGCCGUCCUGCAGGCCAACCCUUCUCCCCCCCGGGCCGCGCUGAGUGCCCGGCACACCCCUGGGCAGAGGAGGAGCUCACCCAGGGCUGAGGGCGGUGGGACAGCCCGCGGCGGUCCGAUCGCUUUGCUCGGUAAGGGGAGGACGUCGGGCAGUGAUUCCAUGCCGUGCGGGUAGUGCUGCACCCACCGUGAGCGCGUGGGUAGCAUUUGUUCAGAGGCAAGGGGGCCCCCCGGUGGAUAGGGCCCAGCACAGCCCACCUGUGGGUCUCACCUUCUCACCUGCCGAUACACGGACACGUCAGCACGCUCCAAGGGGACGCGAGGAGCCACACACCCCACACCGUGCCGCCCUCGGCGCCCCAGCACGAUCCCCGACCACACGAGGAGCAACGGGCCAGGAUGGCAGGCCCGUCCUGGAGGGAAACGAUCGUCGACAGAGGCCAUCCUCAGGCCAGCCCAGCGCAGCCGCGGGGACUGGUGACUGCACUGAGGCCCUGAAGAAUGAGAAGGAGAGCUCUCAGGAGAGAAACCGACGAGAUGAGAAAAGAAGCAGAUGGAAAGUCGAGAACUGAAAAAUACGGUGUGUGCAAUGAAGGACUUGGGGCUGGGUGACGGUGGCACGGAGCGGGGCCUAGAGCCCCCCCAGGCCGCGCAGAGCUCAGGCACCCAGGGGAGAGCUCGGAGGCUGGCGGCAUGUGUGCGGAGCCCCGGCACGAGGGGCAGGUGGCGACGUCCCCACGUUGGUUGGAGACACGACUGUACAGAUGCGAGAAGCCCGGGGAAGUCCACACGGCGUGCGCGGGAAGGAAACCGUGUCUCCCGCGCCAUUGGGUGGUGCCGACCGAGGGAAAGGGAGAGUCCUGAGAGCGGAUGGGAGUCCCAGCUUCUGGAAACGGGAUUCCUGGUAAUCUUCCUGUGCCCUCUUUGGACUCUGUCUCGACUGCCCACAGGGACCCCCCCGUCCCAGAUCGUCCUGUGGGGCUUUCGGUGGCUGAUUUUCAGAAUCAUGCUUGGAGCGGGCCUCAUCAAGAUCCGGGGGGACCGGUGCUGGCGGGACCUCACUUGCAUGGACUUCCACUAUGAGACGCAGCCGGUGCCCAACCCCAUGGCCUACCUCCUGCACCAGUCCCCCUGGUGGGUCCACCGCUUUGAGACGCUCAGCAACCACUUCCUGGAGCUCGUGGUGCCUUUCUUCAUCUUCCUUGGACGGCGGCUGUGCAUCCUCCACGGGGCCUUACAGAUCCUGUUCCAGGUGGUCCUCGUCAUCAGCGGGAACCUGAGCUUCCUGAACUGGCUGACGAUGGUGCCCAGCAUCGCCUGCUUCGAUGACGCCGCUCUGGGGUUCUGGUUUCCCUCUGGGCCUGGGGGCCUCAAGGACCAAGUCCGGAAGAUGCAGGAAGAGGCGGCCCGAGGGGCCCGGCCCACCCUAAGAUACGGCUGCGUGGUGCGGCAGGCAGUGCACGUGGCACUAGGCAUCCUGGUGGCCUGGCUCAGUGUCCCCGUGGUCCUCAACCUGCUGAGUCCCACGCAGGUCAUGAACACCUCCUUCAACUCCCUGAGGAUCGUCAACACAUACGGCGCCUUCGGAAGCAUCACCAAGGAGCGCACGGAGGUCAUCCUGCAGGGCACGGCCAGCCCCAACGCCAGCGCGCCGGACGCCGUGUGGGAGGACUAUGGGUUCAAGUGCAAGCCGGGAGACCCGGGGCGGCGGCCGUGCCUCAUCUCUCCGUACCACUACCGCCUGGACUGGCUCAUGUGGUUCGCGGCCUUCCAGACCUACGAGCACAACGAGUGGAUCAUUCACCUGGCAGGCAAGCUCCUGGCCAACGACAGGGAGGCUCUGUCCCUACUGGCCUUCAACCCUUUCAAGGACAGGGCCCCCCCCAGGUGGGUCCGGGGAGAGCACUACAGGUACAAGUUCAGCCGCCUGGGGGGCCGGCAUGCUGCGGCGGGCAGCUGGUGGGUCCGGAAGAGGAUCGGCCCCUACUUCCCCCCACUCAGCCUGCGAGACCUGGAGGGCUACUUCCGGUCCCGGGACUGGCCGCUCCCGGAGCUGGAGUAGAGGCGGUCCCGGGCCAGUGCGCGGAGGAAUAAAGCAGGAAGGCCCGGC